AUGAGUAGAUACUCCGUAAUUUUAAGAAGCGGACCACAAUACAUUUCAAAUUUUCAAACGUUUCCUUUUUUCGUUUUUGCAUCCUCCGCCCUCUCUUGUCUGCGCAGGCGCUCCUCUCUCUCUCUCUCUCUUCUCCCGUACAGACGCGGUGGCUCCGAGAGUUAUCGGGCGAGUCGAGGUGCAGAUGUCGGGUCAAACAUUGCCCGAAACUCAAGGGUCGCAAGACGAGGAGGAGAUGGAAGAGGAAGAGCUGGGGAAUCUAGAGGAAGAGGUUACCCAAAUGGCUGAGAAAGUAGCAGAGUACCGGGCCACGCUUCCGGAUCAGCUCAAGACCACUCUAGCGUCUCUUCUUGCUGCUCAGCGACCUGCACUCCAGAUGCAUUUCGAUGUCGCUUCCCUACCUCAACCCGCCCCUGCCUCUGAUUUAGGACCUGUCGAAUCUCAAACUUUGGGUUCCUUAACAGAGGAAGAGCAGGAAGAGACGGAGAAAGUACAACUCCUGAAACAGAAGAUUUUGAGCAAUGCGUCUGCCAUACCAAUUGUCUUAAAGAGGGUGAAGGAAUGUAUGUCAAGGAUUCAUAAAUUAGAGUCACACAACGGAUUUAUCCAUCCCGCUUUUAAACGAAAAAGGACCAGCUGAUGGUUUUGUACCAGAUUUGCUUUCUUGUAUGUUAUUGUGCUAGAGUAGCUACAUACCUUUUGACCUCUAAGGUAGCAGCCAUUAGAGAAAGGAAUGGCUGGUCUAAGUUGCACGUCAACUGGUGAGUUAAGGGUCAUUGUUGUAAUUACAUAGAAACACCUGUUUGAUAUCCGUAUGUAUUAUAACCAAUUAUUCAUAACAAUAGGGAUUAGCAGAUGACAAUUUUCUGAAAAAUUGUAAGCUUCGCUGUUGAGGUUAUGAUAUUUUGUGGUGCUAUCUGCAGCACCACUUUUGUU